AUGGCCGCGGAGCGCCUGGAGUUUGAGCGGAAGUUGGCCGUCUUGGAGGCGGAGAAGGAGGCGCUGACACAAGAUCUGGGCGCCCGAGACAAGGAGUUGGUGGCUUUAAGGGAGGAGAAGACCUCCCUUCAGGACGAGCUGAAGGCGGCCGCCUACCGCCGCAAAGACUACAAAAAGGAGGUGAAGGGCGCCCGCAAGGAGAUUAAUGCACUGGAGGCGUCGCUCAAGAACUUUGCCCAUUCGGACAAGGGUCAGGAUCUAGUUGCCAAGGCGUCCCUGGAUUGCUUGGUGCUAGCCAAGAGGAAACUUGAUCAAGAAUACUCCGACAUCACUGUGGACUUCCCAGACUUGGUGAAUUUUGUGAUCCAAGAGAUGCAAAAUUACCAGGAAGAGGCGGCUGAGGAGGAUGAGGUGGCGCACGCUGGGAGUGGGGAUGCGCCUUCUCCCCAAGGAAGUGAGUCCUCUUCGAUGGACGACACGUCCUCGGAUGCAGAGUAG